AUGUUUGUCCCUCACAGCACCUACGCUUGGAGAGUUUCCCGUCUCCCUUCCCUCCGCGCAGACGCACAGACAGAACGUUUCGACGUUUUGCCCGACGGAGAGCCCCACAAUGGCUACAUCCUGCACCUUGACGGAACUGGCCUUUUCGAUUUGGAGAUACCAGGUCGAGAGGGCUUGAACAGUAAGAAACGCAAAUCUUUUGAUCAUGCUCUGAAAACGCGUUGGCUCAAGCACGCUACCUGCGCAAUUUGGUCCCCCGAUCGCUCCAUCCGUUACCACCAACGUGACUUUGUCACUCUGGACACGUUACACUUGUUCUGGAGGGUGCCGAAUUUGGACCAGAGAUAUCAUAGUCAAGAUGGUUCCGACCUAUGGCCUCGCCUCCCAUUCGAGGUCGUGAUCUAUCUCGACCAACAACACGUGGAAGCCGAAGAGAAGCAGCUGGUGUGCAUGCGCCGGAUCGUCGAACUUGAGGCAGUAAUUGCAGACCUUCGCAUGGAGGCCGACCGCAACGAACGCCAGGCAAGCCAUCAAAAUGCGAUACAAUCGAUGCGAGCGAGAACUCUCAGGCGCAACCAAGGUGAGGCAUAAGCGUGUUGGAGUUUCUCACUUGAUUUUUCCCAUACUUACUGCAAAAGCGGGGCACGAUCUCCCUGGGCAGAGCUCUUUCUGACCGCCCAUCCCUUCGACGUUCGCUUCGAGUUUGGAUCCGUCGAAGACCUGUGGGAGAACUCGGAGUUCCUGGCCUCGCAAUCGCCCUACUUUUCCGACCUCUUUGCCGCCGGAUUCUUGGAAAGUGCGACUAAGUCCCUCGAUCCCGAGCGCUGCAGCAUCCCAACGCGUACGGUCCACGUGACCAAGGGAUCCCUCGAGGAAUACCGUGCGGUGUUCGUCUGGCUACGUAUCGGCCUCGUCCAAUUCGAUGAUUCACCCGAAGGCUCGCACCACCAAGCCGCUGUGCAAGACCCGAAACCCAGUCAUGCGUCAUCCAUCUACUCGCUCGCUCACUUCCUCCAGAUCCCAGAGCUCUCGGCCCUUGCCUUGAAAUUUUGUCUGGAACACCUGACUCCUGCCAAGGUCGCCGAGGAGCUGCUUCGAGAGUGGUGCUACCUCUACAAAGAGGUUCGGCAAGAACUGAUCGAGUACGCCGUUCGCAAUUGGUCCAAGGUCAAGACGUCUCCUGGUAUGAAGGAUCUAUGCAAGACGCUUGGAAGUGACGAUUUGCCGUUCGAGACGCAGAGCGUCCUUCUCGAGUUGAUGGCUAAAGUUGCAACCAUAUGA